AUGGUAGGCUUUUGGGGGCGGACCUGUGACAUUUUUAUAUUACCAAGGGAGGCUCAUGCCAUCUCCGUACUUGUGGGGCAGCUUUUGUUCGACGUGGCAGCAUUACAGCAGGCGACAGGCGUAGAUGCCAUUCCACGUGGGACCUCAAGAAACAUCAUCAAUGGAGGUUCGUUUACGUGGAGGGCUCCAUUCCUCCUCUAUUGUUGGCUUAUAGACGAGUUAGGGAAGGUGUAUGAAGGGUCCCACAAAAACAAUACUAGCGGACGGACAACCCCAGGCCUAAAAGGACGUUGUUUAAGCCGCCUAGAAGCCAUCCCAUUCCUCUCUCCAUCGGCUGCGUUCUUAGGAAAGAUAGCAAAAAAGCGAAGGAUGCAAGCACAUGAGAGGCCCAUGUUAAAAGUGCCCCUUAAAAGAGCGCCAAAUGGAUGGAGACCAUCCCAUGACUCUCAUCCACAUAACAUUCGCAAACAUCAAGUCCGUAUCAAAUUCAAACACUACUGCUCCUCCAUAAACAUAGAGCUACUUCCUCUACCUCCUCCUGCAUGGCAAUCAUUCCUCCUAUCCCCUCUAUUAUUGAUUAAUCAGAGGUACUUAUUUCUCUCUCAUUUAAUGCAAACAUCUCGCCUAAUUACACAAAGCUAUAGUUCUUUUUGUUCACUGCCCUUCCCAAUUCCAAAAUUUUACUCUAAAUUAGUUAAUUUGAGUUUUAUAUGGCGAGAAAGAGACUUGAGAGAUGAAUAUAUAACUUUUUUUAAACGUCUCUCUCUCAUACAUCUUCGAGUGCUUUCGAUACCUUCUUAUAAAUUUACAAAUCAACAUGGUCAUAGAUCAAUCAUGGACAGCAAUGGAGUUCAGCGAUGGCUGCAGACUGUGGCCCCCCAGCGUUUUAAAAAGCAUGGAGCUUUACGGCUCACUUUCACAAAAGCCAGACUAGACAAUAAACUAACUGGUUUGGGCCGUCUAGCUACGUAUGCUUUUUACAGCUUGGCCCGCAGUAGUACUGGGACCAACCCAGGUCCAAUUGAAGCAAGCCCAACUGAUAACCCAGUCAGAGGCAAUAACGGAAGUGGCAGAAAUGAAACGAUUCAGAUAUGGAGAGAAUCAAGGGAGAUCUAA